AUGGAAAGGAGAGUGAUUCAAAUGGUAGUAAACAAGGAACUGAUGGAUGUUUGGAACAAACUUGUUCCGCAUAAAGUGUCGGUGCUGAUUUGGAGAAUAUGGCAAAACAAAAUUCCAAGUAGAGAGAAUUUAGUUAAAAGGGGAAUCUUACCACAAUCUCAAGUAUUAUGUCCGUAUGGCUGCUCGUGCGAGGAAAACAUUGCGCACAUUUUUUUCGAGUGUCCGGCAGCGAUAGUUGUAUGGAAUGAGGUGUACCGAUGGCUAGGAUUUUGGUAUGUUUCUCACAAUUCCGCUGUGCAGAAUUUUAUGCAGUUUGCAGGAAUGAGUUGUGGAGGGAGAGUCAAUAAAGAAAGAUUAAUGGUCAUUUGGUUUGCAUGCAUAUGGACAAUUUGGAAACAGAGGAAUGAUAAGGUUUUCAAAACCUCGGAGCAAAGCAACAGAAAUGGUGUGGAAGCAAUUCAGAUACUGUCUUGGAGCUGGAUAAAGUUGAAGGUUGUUAUGUUUGAGGGUUCAACGGUUGUGGGUAUGAAGGAGGGAGUGUCAGCAGUGAAUGAGUUGAAAGAAAACUCACUGCAGAAAGUUGAUGGUGAUGGUGCAUGA